AUCUGGGAUCAAAAUCAGUGUAUAUAAGCAGACAGAAAGCAUUUCUCUGCACCGAAGUUAAGCAACUGUGAAAUCCUAAAACCAUGGGGUCUUCGGGAUCGCUAUUACUCUUGGAGAUUUUUGUGUUUGCUUUGUUUCUAGUUUUAUCAACUACUUCAUCAUUUCCAGUUCAUGAAAGAUUCACUCGUUGCCUUCAAGCAAAUUCUCAUAACGCAAUCCCAUUCGCCACAUCGUUUUACACUCCAAACAACAAUGCUUCAUACAGUUCAGUCCUUGAAUCCACAGCUCAAAAUCUAAGGUACUUGCUACCUUCAAUCCCCAAACCUGAAUUCAUAUUCACUCCCAUGGACGAUUCUCAAGUUCAAGCUGCUGUCAUCUGUGCCAAAAAGCUCAAGAUCCACAUGAGAGUGCGUAGUGGAGGUCAUGACUAUGAAGGCCUUUCUUAUGUUUCUCUCAUAGAGAAACCAUUCAUGGUUUUAGAUCUCGCCAAGCUUCGUGCCAUCCAAGUCGAUAUAGCACAAAACACGGCUUGGAUUCAAGCUGGUGCUACAAUUGGAGAAGUUUACUACAGAAUUUCAGAGAGAAGUCCAGUUCAUGGCUUCCCUGCAGGCCUUUGCACAAGCUUAGGCAUUGGUGGUCACAUAACAGGAGGAGCAUAUGGCUCCAUGAUGAGAAAGUAUGGUCUGGGAGCUGACAACGUCAUCGACGCGCAAAUUGUGGAUGCUCAUGGCAAAAUUCUUGACAGAGCAGCCAUGGGAGAGGACUUGUUUUGGGCAAUUAGAGGAGGAGGAGGUGGAAGCUUUGGGAUUAUCUUGUGGUGGCAAAUCAAGUUAGUUAAAGUUCCACCUGUAGUGACAGUUUUUACUGUUACUAAAACUUUAGAACAAAAUGCAAACAAGAUUCUCUAUAAGUGGCAGCAAGUAGCACCAAAUAUCGAUGAGAAUCUGUUCAUGAGAGUGCUGAUUCAGGUAACAAAUUCAAGCGUUGUUGCAGGUGAAAAAACCGUUUCAACUUCUUAUAAUUCUCUUUUCCUUGGUGGGGCCAAUAAACUUCUCCAAGUGAUGAAGAAAAAUUUUCCAGAAUUAGGUCUCACCAAAAAGGAUUGUUUGGAAACAAGUUGGAUCAAAUCUGUGCUUUACAUUGCUGGCUAUCCAAACAACACACCCCCAGAAAUUCUUCUCCAAGGGAAAUCCACUUCCAAGGCAUACUUCAAAGCUAAGUCAGAUUUUGUGAGGCAAGUGAUUCCUGAAACUGCUUUGAAUUCUCUGUGGAAAAGGUUUAUGAAAGAUGAUGGGCCCUUGAUGAUCUGGAAUCCAUACGGAGGAAUGAUGAGCAAAAUCUCAGAAUCUGCAAUUCCAUUUCCUCACAGAAAUGGAACACUUUUCAAGAUACAAUAUGUAACGGGGUGGCUAGAUGGAGAGAAGAGCAUGAAAAAGCACAUGAAUUGGAUCGGUAGAUUCUAUUACUCCAUGAAGCCCUAUGUUUCAAGCUUUCCAAGAGAAUCUUAUGUGAAUUACAGAGACCUUGACUUGGGGAUGAACCAGUAUAAUAACACAAGCUUCUUGAGGUCAAGCAUUUGGGGAUACAAGUACUUCAUGGAUAACUAUAUAAGGUUAGUGAAGGUGAAGUCUAAGGUUGACCCAAGUAAUUUUUUUAGGCAUGAACAAAGUAUCCCUCCAUUAACAAUUCGAGAGAAGAAAGGGUCAAACCACUGAAUUUUUCUUUUUGGGUAAUAAUUUAUAUGGUUUGUGUUCGUUUUAUGAUAUUUUCUUUCUUAUGUGUGAGAUCCACUUGAUUUUAUGCCAGAAUUACUCUUGGAGUUCUAAAUUAUAGUAGAUUUAAUGUUGUUUCAAUGUGACAACAGCGGUUAACCCUUGUGUACUUGUCCCUUUGGCAAUGGAAGUAUGAACUGAUCUUUAUAUAUUGUAUGAUAA